CUUCACGCUGUCGUCCCUGUUUGUCUCCAUGACCGAUUUCGUGACCAACUUCUGCGGUUCUAUGGUGGUGGGUAUAUUCUUCGCUCUGGUGACUGCUCUGAUAACGAGAUAUUCCGAUAUCCAGAAACAUCCUGUACUCGAGACGUCCCUUCUGCUGCUAAUGUCGUAUGCGACCUUCUUGAUCGGGGAGAGUAUGUCGUUGAGUGGUAUCGUCGCCAUUCUGUUCUGCGGCAUGGCGCAGUCGCAUUAUACGGCGCGCAAUCUCAGCGAGGAGGGCCAGCAUAUGUCUAUGGCCAUUACAGAAAC